AUGUUCCUCUUUCACAUCAGCCGUGGAAAGACGAUCGAUUUCCUUCAAGUGUUGGGGUUGUUCGUCUUUGGCUUAGGAAUCAGGGUCGAAGGACGUCAAGUCACGGUCAAGAAUUCUUGUGGUGGUACGGUUUACGCUGCUUAUGCCGGUCAAGGUGGUCAAGUGACAGGUGUCAAUGGAGCUGUUGCUCCUGGUGGAUGGGAGAUGGCGGGUGGGGCGUCAACGGUCUUGAACGUGCCCGAAGGAUGGCAUAACGCCAGGAUCUGGGCACGGACGGGUUGUCAAUCCGGUGGAGGAGGAUGUCAAGUUGGAGCUUGUAAGAGUGGUUCUGUGACUUGCGAUGGUGCAGAGUAUGGUACAACAGGAGCAACUUUGGCAGAAUUUACUCUGGUUCCGACUUAUGAGACGUAUGAUGUGUCCAUGGUAGAUGGCUACAACAUCCCGAUCGCUAUCACUCCCUCUGGUGGGACCUCUGGAACGUGUAGUGUAGCUUCUUGUGGUACUACCACCGAUAUUUUGACGGAUUGUGAUCCGAACCUUGUGUUUCCAAAGGGAAGCAGUGAGAUAUGGAGUUGUCAAAGUGCAUGUGGUGCUGGUAUAGAAUUCGCCUCAUUACAUACGGGUACAUUCGAUCCCGCCAACUCGCCUACUUGUUGUAAUGGUAACUGGGCAAAUGACUGUCCUACCAGUAACAUACCCUAUUACGCUGCUCUGAAGGAGAAUUGUCAGAUGGGUUAUGUGUAUGCUAAAGAUGAUGCCAAUAACGGCGCCUUGAAUUGUAACGGACCAUCCUACUUUGUAGAAUUCUGUCCUGGCGGUAAAGGAGCAGGCAUCAAUCCAUCCGGUAUCUCGCCCAAAACUCUCGAUUCGGGCGGCACGAUAGUAGGAGGUUCUUCAAGCUCCGGGUCAGGUUCAUCCAAUUCCAGUUCUGGCUCCGGUUCUGAAUCAGGAGCUUCCGAGCCGGCUGUUCCGGUAUCAACUUCGACUUAUGCUCAAGUAGGUGCGACUACACCACCCGCGGUACCUACUACAUCUGUUCCCGUUGGCGGUGGUGGUGGAGCAUCAUCAUCUGUCGUAGCUGGUGGCGGCGGUGGAGGAGGAGGAGGAGGAGGUAGACAUUCCCAUGGUGGUUACGCAUUAGAUGUAGGGGGUGAUGGAACCACGACAAUUACUCAAGGGAACACUGUGGUGGUUGAAGUCACUCAGACGGAAGUUGUCACUGCUCGAAAUGAAAGGAGGUCGAGAUUUCAACGACGAUUUUAA